UAACCUGACCCCGCGGCCGACCAUGGGCAUUCGAUCGGAUCUCGCGACACGGACGGGACGCGCGAGUCGUCCGCUGCUCCUGCUGCCCUGAAGUUGACGAUGACGCGUGGCUCCGUCGCGGUGAUGAAAUAGCGAACGCCGUCGGCGAGGAGAGACACAACGGUGGCAGUGGCGACGAGCACGCGGUCCGACUGAGGAUGCCGUUGUCGGGGCGACGCGGCCCGACCAGGUCCACCGAGCUGGAGUAGACCCUUGAGCUGACGCGUGAAACGUAAAUACGCCCGUGACGAAGCAGCGGCUCGAGAACGUCCAGGUCGGCGCGCGGUCCCUUCCUCGAGUCGCCGUGAGUCGAGAGCAGAGCAGAGGAUAAAAAUGGAGAAGCAGCGCAGCAGUAGAGACGCGGUGGAGGAGGAGGAGCUGGAAAACAUUGAGAACAUGAUAAUUAACGAAGUGGAUGGCUUACCGAACCUACAUCCAAACUACGAACAGCUGGAGCUCAAAUUCAAGAGGGAGAGGGACGACGCAAAUAUGAGAUCGAUCGACGAGCUGGUCCACGACGAGGAUCUGCCAACCUCCGUAAUCGUUACGAACGUAGAUCCUCGGGUUUUCAAGUGCGACGACCUGAAGUCGGCCAUGGAGAAUCUUUUCAAACAGUUCGGAGAGGACGCUACGUUUCAAUACUUCAGAUCCUUCAGAAGAAUGAGGGUAAACUACAAUUCCCCCAGUGCCGCGGCGAACGCGAGGAUACAGCUGCAUCAGUCGCACUUCGGGGAAACUGAUAUCAAUUGUUACUUUGCACAACCGGUGACGCCUAUAGACAUGGAAGAUCAGCAUCUUCACCCACCUGCGCUUACCAAACAGUUCCUCAUAUCUCCUCCCGCUUCUCCGCCGGUCGGUUGGCAGCCACGUGAGGAAGGAGAGCCACUCGUUAAUUACGACCUGAUAGCCGCCAUAGCCAAUUUAUCCGCAGGCGGCACACACGAGAUACAUCCAGGAGGGUCGGGGCAGCCAGGCAUAGUCGUGCACGUGUGCGAGAACGCGAAUCCGACGAAGAGUACGGCCCGCAUCCAACACACGCGGUGUCCGGAACACUAAUUAAUUACCGCCCUUUAUCCGCGUCUCGGAUUUCUCACACGAUACGUUUUUAAUGUCCCGUUAAAGCGCCAGAUACGAAUUGGCGCGAGGGCGCUCUAGCGAGUGACUUUAAACUAGCGUUAAAUCGGGGAUUGUAAUUCGAAAAUUGAUUGCGCGCGCGCGGUUGGUAUUUAAUUGGCGAAAGUAACGCGUUGUGAAAAAACAAUUGUAGCUCGAUACGGCGCAGACAACGAUUGCGGCGUCUGGUAUUUAGCAAACUUCCCGCGAGUAGCAGUGAUCUAUAAAUACUAACGACCUAUAAAUAUCCGUUGUUAUAUAUCGAUGAGGAUAUAAAAUUCGUUUGUGUUUAUCCAUUGAGAAUUCAUCAACGGUACGCUUGCGCUCUGUUUCUCAAACUAUACACGGUGGGGAUUCGAGGAAUUAAAUAAAUUUGGCCUAUAUCGUUUCUACGUUUCACUCAGUGUCAAUGAUUGCAUAUCGUGAGAGACAUUACGUCCGAUCUGAUUAAGCCAACGAUUAAUGCGUCGGCGACAAAAAUCGUUAGGGAUGUAUUCAGAGAUCUUGCAAUUCUACCUCUCAUUGUCAGUGUGUUAAUUGUAUUCUUAAACAGCACGUAAUAACAAUCUUGUUGUAAAUCCACAAAUGAUACUAAUGUUAGAAUAAUCGAUCGAAUCAAAAACGUUCGACUUUAACAGCUUUCUUUCGUUGUUUAUUUGUUCUCGUGGAUCUCUCUCUUUCCGUUUCGAAAGAGAGGGAGAAACGCUUUCAAAAUUAUCUCUAUUGAAUUUCUCGUCCUGUGUUUUGCGUGCAUGCGAGAAGAAAAUCUACGGAAAUAUAUGGCAUUAAUAUGUAUGUGAUACGUGUGCGUAUACGAAUGUAUAUUACUCGAAAACUAUCGUGUGGCUCUUCGUUCUGUGUUUUCCGUAGAAAGCUAGUUCGCAUUAGCUAUGAACGUUAAAUGCUAUCCUAAAGCUAAUAUCUCUAUGGUCUCUUGUUAAUGAAGUUUACGAAAACUUAUUGUUAUCACUCUGGUCUUUAAGAGGAUUAAGUUAGCGAAAAGAGAAGAAUAAGCUAGAGAGAUAUCGAGACGUGAUCAUAUCAGCGUUACUGAUUUAUGCCGAGGCAGUGUGGUGAUUGUGUAUAUGUAUAUAAUGUUCUGUACGUGAAACGUAUAUAUAUAUAUAUAUUUCCUGCAAGAUCUGUGACCUACAAACAAUUGUUGAAUAUUUAUAAAUACUUUAUAGCAGAACUUACUUUUGUAUAGUGUGGUUACCGUUUACAUUGUCCCGGCGAUGAAAUGAUGUGAAACCGUUUUGUCAUUUAGUUUUCUUUACAACAAUUCCGUACAUCCUAAAUAAUACGAAUAAUUAUUACACCAGAGAAAAUAAUGUACAAAUGAUUUGUAUCAAAGAGAGAAAAUAUAAAUAUAAAUUAUUUUACGUUAAAA